AUGUUCCGGAACAACUACGACAACGACUCGGUCACCUUCUCACCCCAAGGCCGCAUCUUCCAAGUCGAGUAUGCGCAAGAAGCAGUGAAGCAGGGCUCAGUGGUCGUCGGCAUCGUCAGCAAAACACACGCCGUCCUGGCAGCACUGAAGCGCAACGCAGAAGAGCUCUCCUCCUACCAGCGCAAAAUCAUCCCCAUCGACACGCACUACGGCAUCGCCCUCGCCGGCCUCGCCUCCGACGCCCGUGUCCUCUCCAACUUCAUGAAGCAGCAGUCCCUCGCCUCCCGCCUGACCUACGGCCGCCCCAUCCUGCUCUCCGACAUCACCUCGCGCAUCGGCGACCGCGCGCAGACCAACACCCAGCACUAUGGCAAGCGACCGUACGGUGUGGGGUUGCUGAUUGCCGGGGUGGACGCGCGGGGACCGCAUCUGUUCGAGUUCCAGCCGAGCGGGGUGACGGUGGAGUGUGUGGCUGGGGGGAUCGGGGCGCGGAGUCAGAUGGCGAGGACGUAUUUGGAGCGGAAUCUGGACGAGUUUGAGAAUUGCUCGAGGGAGGAGCUGAUCAAGCAUGCGCUAAGGGCGUUGAAGGAUAGUUUGAGCCAGGACAAGGAGUUGACGGUGGAUAAUACCAGCUUAGGAGUGGGUGGGAUGGAGGAGAACUUCAAGAUGUACGAGGGCCAGGAUAUUGCUGGGUGGUUGGAGACGACGUUUGAGAAUAAGCAGGAGGGCGGGCAAGCAGCGGAAGGCAGUGGAGAGGGAAUGGAAUUGGACUCGUAA